GAAUAUAUAUAUUAAGCCCCACAAUUAUAAUGGUGUCUUCUCUACUCCAAAACCCUACUUCGUCGGCCGCAGCAGCCAUUCGUCUCAGAUUGGAGUGCUUCAGGUAAAGUUUUGAGCAAUGGCACCUAAAGCUGACAGCACAAAAAAGAAUGACCCAAAGGGUCAAGCCUUGAAGACUGCCAAGGCCAUUAAAUCUGGCCAAACAUUCAAAAAGAAAGCAAAGAAGAUCCGCACCUCGGUCACUUUUCAUCGGCCAAGGACCUUGAAGAAGGAAAGGAACCCCAAAUAUCCUCGCAUCAGUGCACCACCAAGGAAUAAGUUGGACCAUUAUCAAAUUCUCAAGUAUCCACUUACCACUGAGUCUGCUAUGAAAAAGAUUGAGGACAACAACACCUUGGUUUUCAUUGUUGACAUCCGUGCCGACAAGAAAAAGAUCAAAGAUGCAGUGAAGAAGAUGUAUGAUAUUGAGACAAAGAAAGUGAAUACUUUGAUCAGGCCUGAUGGAACGAAGAAGGCAUAUGUUAGGUUGACAACUGACCAUGAUGCCUUGGAUGUGGCAAACAAGAUUGGCAUUAUCUAAGCUACUGUGCGGCAUCUAUUUCAGGACCACAAAGGGAUUUGAUUCUUACUGUUACAGUUUUGUUAGGACUGGAUUUUGUUUUGGUUUUCUUUAAUAUGUAAUGGGGAUCAAGUUUGCUUUUCAACUUUGGCAAUGGAGAUGUGGAUUAGGAUUUAAUUACUUGUUAUAUGUUAUGUUUACCAUUCAAUCUUUUGCCUUGA